CGGGCGGCGAUGCCGCUGGAGCUGGCGCAGGCCGCGCUGUACGUGGUGCUGGAGCUGGCGCUGGCCGCGCUGGCGGUGGCCGGCAAUGUGCUGGUGUGCGCGGCGGUGGGCGCCUCGAGCGCGCUGCAGACGCCCACCAACUACUUCCUGGUGUCCCUGGCGGCGGCCGACGUGGCCGUGGGGCUCUUCGCCAUCCCCUUCGCCGUCACUAUCAGCCUGGGCUUCUGCACCGACUUCCACAGCUGCCUCUUCCUCGCCUGCUUCGUGCUCGUGGUCACGCAGAGCUCCAUCUUCAGCCUCCUGGCCGUGGCCGUCGACAGGUACCUGGCCGUGCGCGUCCCGCUCAGGUACAAGAGUUUGGUCACGGGGGCCCGAGCAAGAGGAGUCAUUGCUGUCCUCUGGGUCCUUGCCUUCGGCAUCGGCCUGACCCCGUUCCUGGGGUGGAACGGUAAGGACAGCGCCACCAAUUGCACGGAGCCCUGGGAGGGAGCCACAAACGCCAGCCGCUGCCUUGUGAAGUGUCUUUUUGAGAACGUGGUCCCCAUGAGCUACAUGGUCUACUUCAAUUUCUUUGGGUGCGUCCUGCCCCCGCUGCUCGUCAUGCUCGUCAUCUACGUCAGGAUCUUCCUGGUGGCCUGCGGGCAGCUCCGGCGCAUGGAGCUCAUGGACCACUCGAGGACCGUCCUCCAGCGGGAGGUCCACGCGGCCAAGUCCCUGGCCCUGAUUGUCGGGAUCUUUGCUCUGUGCUGGCUGCCGGUACACGCCAUCAACUGUGCCACGCUCUUUCAGCCAGCCUGGGCCAAGGAGAAGCCCAAGUGGGCCAUGAACACGGCCAUCCUCCUGUCGCACGCCAACUCGGUCGUCAAUCCCGUCGUCUACGCCUACCGGAACCGAGACUUCCGCCACGCUUUCCACACAAUCAUCUCCAGGUGAAAUCAGCUGUGAAUGUGGCUUCCUGUACGAUGGGACAUUGAACCUGCCAGGCAGUUCCCGAGGUGUGUAAUUGACAGUGUAAAAGAAGGGGAGAAUUCAGUGGGUGCUACGAUUUUUCUUCCGUGGCAAGGCUUAAAACAGCUGCCUGCUCUCGGGCGGGCAGCGCUUUCUCCUGUGGGAUCGGGAGUUUUGUGAGCGUGUCUUGUUCCUGCUUGAUGCCCUGGACUCCGUGAAAUCAGCAGAGGCACCGAUGUGCUCUCCUGCCCCCGUGAAAGUCGAGCGCGGCUCAGUGCCAGGCCGUCUCCCGGGGAGCGGGGAGAAACACCUCAGGGCUGGACGUGACGUUGGGGGUAUGCAGGGUUGCCAGCAUCCACUUUAGUUCAUAGUUUUACUGGGCCAACGAAUUCCCCAGUUGCCAACUCGGGGUUACCUGUUGCCCUCCCCACCGCUUCAUCUGUGACCUUUUAAAUUAAAAUGGGAAAUUGGUGUAGUUCUCAAAAUGACACCGCAUUUUGGGAGGGUAACCCCAAGAGAUGGCUGGCUGAAGUCAAGGACAAGAAGCUGCUAUCUGUUUCAACAUGUAGCAAAAUCCCCAUUUUGUGCAACUCUUAGACGAUGCAGCGAGGGCUCACGAUCUCUCUCCUAGCUCAGCUGCAGUUCGGGGGGCCCUUCCCAUCCUCACCAGGAGG